AUGUUUAUUCAGCGGACAGCUGCAGCUGCCUUGACCAUGAGGAGGGUCUUCGGUUUCGCACAGGACCCCUUCCGUUCACGAAUCUUGACCUCUGUGGACCUCACCUAUGCCGUUUGCCUGAACCUGGCCAUCCAGCACCAGGCGAACGACAACGACAACGAGGCGCUGACGAUCUACACACAGAUCGUCAAGAACAAGCAGUAUCCGUUCAGCGGCCGAUUCCGUGUGAACAUGGGCAACAUCUACUUCAAGCAGGAGAAGUGGUACCGGAUGGCUCUAGACCAGAUCCCGAACAACGUCCAGGCCACCCAGAGCAAGAGCGACGCAGACUUGGAGUCUAUUCCAGAAAAGGUUGCAACCAGUGUCGAUGAAAUCGGCGCACAGAACCAGGCCAUUCGCUUCAAGAUCAUGCGAAACAUCGGUCGGGCACUCAGCCCCGGAACGGAAGCGAAAGAGUAUGAGAACCUGUUGAUGCACGGUGCGCAGCACCUGGAUUUCAUGACGGGUGCAGGGCCGGGCCGGGCACAGCCGAAGAGCAGCAUUGGUUCUGCCUCAAGGUUUCAGCCGUCACAGGCAAUUCUAAGGAUGGGGCAGAUCAUCUCGGAGAUGCCUUGCUGUGCUGGGCAGACGCCGGACGAGGCUCACUCAGUUCAGUGCGGAGAUCGCUGGUUCCAGCGCAAGAACAAAGGCGACGCGUGUGGGAUGCAAGGGAACUUCCGAUCCAUUUUCACUGCACAGGCGAUGGCACACCUCCUGGCGAUGGGCUUUGACGAGGAGCCAGCACGAAUGGCUUUGAUCGACUGUGGCGGCGAUGUGGAGCAGGCCGCGCAGAUGCUGACCUCCGCUGCGGCCGCAGAGUCGGAUCCACGCGUGGAGCAGCCCCCUGGCUGUCGAGAGUUGGAUGACCCCAUGAGUCAUGAGGAAGCCGAGAGCCCAGUGACUUUCAGGCUGGUGGCCAUGGGCUUCAACGAGGAGCAAGCCCGUAAUGCCCUGGACGGUGCUGGCGGGGAUGUGGAGCGCACCUACUCGGCAAAGCUUCUGGAGAGCCAGUUGAACAUCGAGCAAGUCGGCUUGGAAGACUUCGACGAGGAGGAGGAAAUCGAGCUCGGUCAGACUGAGCAGCAGAAGCAGGAGAGCGCCACGCGGAACCUCACCGAGGGCGACGAUGCUCUCCGCGAGGACAUCAAGCGGCGGCAGCGGGAAGCGGCCCGCUUCAUCGUCAACGCUGCUAACCUCAUCGCUCCGGUCAUUGAAAAGUCGGAGGUGGCAGGAUUCGACUGGGUUAUCGAUUCGCUGAAUCACCACGGCUUCCCCCGGAUCGGCUCGGAGCUGGAAAUCGCGAAAUCUUGCUUCUUCCUUCGGCGGAAAGAAUUCGAUCAGGCCAUCCAGGUGCUGAAGAAGUUCGAGCGGAAGGAGCCCUCUUUGAUGGCUUGUGCGGCCACGAACUUGUCCUUCCUGUACUUCUUGGAGGCGGAGCACACGCAAGCAGAGAAGUACGCGGACAUUGCAGUGAAGGCAGACCGAUACAACGCUCGAGCGCUGGUGAACAAGGGCAACUGCAUGUUCAUGAAUGACGAGUUCGAGCGUGCGAAAGAGGUGUAUCUUGAAGCCAUUGGAGUCAGUGCUGACUGCCUAGAGGCGAUCUAUAAUCUCGGCUUGGUCAAUAUGCACAUCGGCAAGUACCAGGAAGCGCUCUUGGCCUUUGACAAGCUCCACUCUAUCACCCACGUGAAUUGCGAAGUGAUGUGGCAGCUUGGUGACAUCCACGAGAAGCUUGGGAAUCAUGGCAAGGCUCACGAGUGGUUCUCGCUUUUGGUCACGUCGCCGAAAGGACGGCCAACAGAUCCAGGUGUUUUGGCACGCCUCGCCAACCUCUUCAAUAAAGCGGGAGACGAGACGCAGGCGUUUCACUACCACCUGGAGUCCUACAGGUACUGGCCGGUAGACAUGAACGUCAUCACCUGGCUCGGCAUUUACUAUGUCAAGCAGGAGAUGUACGAGGCGGCGAUCCCCUUCUUCUCUAGGGCGUCUCAGAUCGAGCCGAACGAGGUGAAGUGGAGGCUCAUGGUUGCAUCUUGCUACCGGCGGAUGGGUGCAUACCCAGCUGCCCUGAAGCUCUACGAGGAUAUCCACAGGUCGCACCCGAACGACAUCGAGUGCGUCAGAUAUCUCAUAACCAUUUGCAAGGAGAUGAAGCAGAAGUACGACCACUACGCUGCUCACCUUCGAAAACUGGAGAGGUUGCAGGCAGCGAACGAGCAGCCGGGACGGAACAUGGGCACAGUUUCGGCCAUCGGACAGGGAGGUCUUGAGGACAGCCCCCGUGGCGAUAGCGGCGACAUGGGUGGCUUCGGUGGGUCUCGAGGCCGCUUCGACCAUGACGAGGAUGAUCCGCCACCUCCUCCUGAGGCUCCAAGGCCACCUGUGGAGCUCUACGAAGCCGAAGCAGAUCUGCCAGCCAAAGGUGAAUGGGAUGCUAACGAGCACAUUUGUGGCUGCAUCGUACCGUACUCUGUCACCUUGAACGUUUCACCCGGAUAUUCGAAAGAGGGAGUCUGUCUCCAAGCCACCCCGAAGUCUAAAGCAGCAAGCGGUCUUGGCGGACAGAAUGCAUCCAAGCUUGCAUCGGCCCGCUUCCAGUGGAGGGUUGAGAUCUGGAAAAAGGGAGAUCCCAAGAAAGCUCACUUGGCAGAAGAAGCAGAUUUGGCGUGGAAGUAUAAUUUCGAUUCUAGACUUGGCUACUCUGCACCGUCUAUGGCGAGCACCGCGCAGAAGACAUGGGAGCUGGAGAACCAGGUGGUGCAGAUUGACGACGCAGCACUCUACGCUUUCGACCAGGCUGAGCAGGAUGCCAUCUACGAGAAGAAACCCUGGAGGGAAGACGUUCACUUCUUCAAGAAUGUGCGCAUGUCUGCCAUCGCGCUGAUCAAGAUCAUGAUGCACACGAAGUCUGGGGCACCGUUGGAGGUCAUGGGCCUGAUGCAGGGCAAGGUCACACCGGACAGGACCUUCAUCAUCAUGGAUGCUUUUCCCUUGCCCGUGGAGGGCACGGAGACGCGGGUGAAUGCCGGUGCUGGAGCGAACGAAUUCAUGGUGACAUUUACCGAGACAUGCGAAAGGAUUGGCAAAGUGGAGAAUAUCUGCGGCUGGUAUCACUCGCAUCCGGGCUAUGGCUGCUGGCUGAGCGGCAUUGACGUCCAAACUCAGAUGACGUAUCAGCAGCAUCAAGAACCCUUCUUGGCCGUCGUGGUGGAUCCUGUCCGAACGUGUGCGUCCGGCAAAGUCGACAUCGGGGCCUUCCGAACCUACCCUGCCGGAUAUUCUCCACCGGAUGAGGGGCCUGGGGAGUACCAGUCCAUCCCGCUAGACAAAAUCGAGGAUUUCGGCGUUCACUGCAAGCAGUACUAUACUCUUCCCAUCGAGAUCUUCAAAAACAGCCUGGACAAUACCAUCUUGGAGCUGUUGUGGAACAAGUACUGGAUCGACACGCU